AUGUAUGACGAGAGCAACAGUAGAGUGGUUACGCUUGGGGGAGACACUGGCUGGUAAAAGGCGAAUAUAAAACGGGCAUCUAUUCUCCAGGGAACGCAAGGGCGAGGUUGAGGAUUAUUCUAGUCAGGCUCUAAAAGCUCCCAUUCCAACUGCAGACUUCAGUCUAUCAGGGUCAUAUCACUCCGAAAGACUAAAAACUAUACCAUUGAACCUUUGCUGCAAUUAAGAGAAAUCUCAGCCAUCAUGGACAAGACUGCAGCAAAGCGCAUUGCCCACAGGGGUAAGGAUCCCGGAUUUGCCGAGAGGGCCAGGAAGGCUGCUGCCCGUAAUGCAGGCAAUAUCAGGAGCCCUCCCGAUCAGCCUGGUCAGAGUUCCUCCUCCUCCCAGGCGCCAAAGAAGGAGGAAGAAAAGAAAUGAGUCUUUUUUCAGUUGGUCAUAAUGACAAGCAGGAUUGACGGAAAACAUGUGCUGUCGGGGUGCCGCGAUUUUUUAGCGUACUUUUUACGGAUGUCGAGACCAUUGAAGGCCCGCCGCCGUGUAUGUUCUUCUUGUCUUACAUGGGCUUCGCCCACACUUGACUGUUGUUACCAAUCGAAAUCUGGAAUAAAAAUUGCCAUUGCGA